AUGCCUGCAUCCUUUCUGGCGGGUCAACAACAGAUUGCAGCGAUUCGUCACAAUCACCACCUUGGCGCCGCCGUCCUGCACGUGCUCGGCCAGGAUGCAUUUGCAGACAGUGGCUGCAGUGGCAGGUCCAGCAUCGGUGCUGCUGGAAUUACUGGGCUGGCCACGGGCGUGUAUCCCGUUGUGCCAAAGCGUGCGACGUGGCAUCUGGAUGCCGGCCGAAAAUCGCCGGUGCUGGCAGUCCGUCGACGGCAACUUCCCCUAAUACCAGCUUUCGCUAUGACGGCGCAUCAGGCGCAAGGACAGACGCUGGAGGAGGGCAUCGUCGCAGAUCUGUGUUAUGGCGCGUACAGCAACGUCUUGGCCGCCUACGUUGCCUUGACGCGGGUCACGAGCCGGGAAGGCGUUCUCAUUCUGCGGCCCUUCGAUGCGGCUCCAUUCCAGCAAGGCGACACCAGCUUCCGAGCGUUGCUGAUGCAGCACUUGCGCACGCAUGACGUCAACUGGGAUGCCAUCGUGCAGAGGUACGUGCGUGUCAAGACCUGCAGCGAGUGCCGAACAGAGCGGCUGAAGUCAGCGUUUACGCAGGGACAAUGGAAGCAGCCGGACGGAGCAGCAAUCUGCAAAGAGUGCACAAAGUCCUACCGCGAACGCGGCACGCCGUAUCGCUGUAAGCGCUGCAAGCGAUGGCAAGCCCCAGAGGCGUUUCCGGGCAAAAUCAGCAAUUAUUUGAUCUGGCAAAGCACUUGCCUCAUGUGCCUGGAGAAGCGGCAAUGUGGAGCUUGUGCGCACUGGUUUCCGCAGGCGGCCUUCACGCCCAAUGGCUGGCGCCAGAAGCGGGACCGGACAUGUAACGUCUGCCGCCAGAAGUUGCAGUGCCGGGACAUUGGCCUCCGUGCGCGUCGCAGGCUGCACAACCGACAAGAGACAGUGCGUGCUGCAGACCGCAGCAGGAAACGGCAGCAAAUCCUACAGGAGGUGCGGGCCGAAAUCGAGAAACGGCAAAAGCAAGGCAGCAGCACCGGCGCACGGUGCCGAGCCCAGGUGCCGGCAGCAACAAAAGACGGGUGUCGGGCGUGCGCGGCGUGCGGCGUGGGCACGAACAGCGAAACGGGGGCACCGAGAGAGCUGGCACCGGGCGGCGGCCUGCACAACCGCAGAGCAAGUCCCGCCUGCGAUCCCGCGCACGCUCGCUGCUUCGCCUGCACGAAAGCCGUUGCGACGGAGGUCCAAGACGGCCGUGUAUGCGUCUCGUACGAGUGCCCACAGUGCAAGGCAAAGGUUGAGUCAACCACGCGAGACGGACGCAUCAACAAUCGACGGCAGUGCGGACACAGGUUUACGGUCGCCGCGGGCCAGGUCGUCGCGACCCGGUCGGCGACCAUACGCUACUCGUAUGAGUGCCCACAGUGCAAGGCAAAGGUUGAGUCAACCACGCGAGACGGACGCAUCGACAAUCGACGGAACUGCGGCCACAUGUUCACUGUCGCCGCAGGCGAAGUUGUCGCGGCGCAGUCGGCAACUGCACGCUAUUCGUAUGCCUGCCCACAGUGCAAGGCAAAGGUUAAGUCAACCACGCGAGACGGACGCAUCGACAAUCGACGGAAAUGCGGACACCAGUUCAGGGUUGCUGCAGGCAAAGUCGCCGCGACCGGGCCCUAA